UCGUGCCGGUUUCCCCUCUACCUCCCUCGUCGUCGUCCUCCCCGGAUCUACCUCGCCUCCUCCUCCGCACGAGCCACCCACCGCCGGGGGAGGCGAUCGGGGAAGACCAAAAAUCCGGCGGAGAAUCGAGGGGGGAAGCACGCCGGGGGAGUAGCAGAAUAAAAUGUUCAAGUUCCUCAAGGAUGUGGUCGCGGGAUCCGGAUCGGGCCUCAAGGACUUCCCCUACACCAUUGGCGAGCCCCACGCCUCCGCCUGGGGCUCCUGGGCGCACCACCGCGGCGCCUCCAAGGAUGAUGGAUCGCCUGUUUCUAUUUUCUCGCUGUCAGGGAGCAACCCUCAAGACAGGCACUUGGUCGCUGGUCGAAAUGGUGUCAAGAGAUUACGGACAGUGCGCCAUCCGAAUAUAUUAUCCUUUCUUCACAGUACUGAAGCAGAAGUUCCCGAUGGACCUUCUGUAAAACACACAAUAUAUAUAGUUACAGAGCCUGUUACACCACUCGCGGAAAAAAUCAAGGAACUGAACCUGGGAGGUACACAGAGAGAUGAGUAUUUUGCUUGGGGUCUUCAUCAGAUAUCAAAAGCUGUGAGCUUUCUCAACAACGAUUGCAAGCUCGUUCAUGGGAACGUAUGCUUGGCCAGUGUAGUUGUUACUCAAACUCUGGACUGGAAGCUUCAUGCUUUUGAUGUUCUCUCAGAAUUUGAUGCCAAUAACGAAGCUGCUGGUAGCCCCAUGCUGCAAUUUGAAUGGUUAGUUGGAAAUCAAUACAAGCCAAUGGAGCUGACAAAGUCAGAUUGGGCUUCAAUUAGAAAAUCACCUCCAUGGGCGAUUGAUUCCUGGGGAUUGGGGUGCUUAAUUUAUGAGCUCUUUUCUGGUGGAAAGUUGACCAGGACAGAGGACCUUCGCAACAUCGCUUCAAUCCCAAAGUCUCUGCUUCCAGAUUACCAGAAGCUCUUGAGUUCUACACCUUCUCGUAGAAUGAAUCCUUCAAAACUUAUUGACAACAGUGAGUUUUUCCAGAACAAGUUGGUAGAGACCAUCCAGUUCAUGGAAGUUCUCAAUUUAAAAGACAGUGUUGAGAAAGAUAGCUUUUUCCGGAAACUCCCAAAUAUAGCAGAACAGCUUCCCCGUGAGAUAGUUCUGAAGAAGUUGCUCCCUGUGUUGCAAUCUGCUCUUGAAUUUGGUUCAGCUGCUGCUCCAGCCUUGACUGUGCUGCUAAAGAUGGGUUCCUGGCUUCCAGCUGACCAAUUUAGUGCCAAGGUUUUGCCGACUAUUGUGAAGCUUUUUGCUUCGAAUGACCGAGCUAUCCGAGUUAGUCUCUUGCAGCACAUAGAUCAGUUUGGAGAGUCAUUGGCAGCACAAACAGUUGAUGAACAAGUUUUUCCUCAUGUUGCCACAGGGUUCUCUGAUACUUCUUCUUUCCUCCGUGAAUUGACAUUGAAGUCGAUGCUUAUAUUGGCACCAAAAUUAUCUCAGCGUACAAUCUCAGGAUCUCUCUUGAAGUAUCUCUCUAAGCUCCAGGUGGAUGAAGAACCCGCAAUCCGGACAAACACUACGAUUCUUCUUGGGAAUAUAUCAAAUUAUAUGAAUGAUGGGACUAGGAAGCGAGUAUUGAUCAAUGCAUUCACAGUUCGUGCCUUACGAGAUACCUUCCCUCCUGCUCGAGCAGCUGGAAUCAUGGCGCUGAGUGUCACUAGUUCAUACUACGAAAUGACAGAGAUUGCAACGCGUAUACUGCCUAACAUUGUUGUACUUACAUUUGACCCAGACAGUGACGUGAGGACUAAGGCUUUCCAGGCUACUGACCAAUUCUUGCAAAUAGCAAAACAGCAUCAUGAAAAGCUUAAUACAGGAGACAACAGGGCAGCCGAGUCUACUGGUGUUCAGUUGAAGCCUGGAAAUACUGGUUUACUUGGGUGGGCCAUGAGUUCUAUUACUCAGAAGGGAAGACCUUCUGACCAUGGUCCAGUUUCUACUGCAAAUGCUAGUAACUCUCAAGUUUCAGCAUCCCCCAGUGGUACAUCAGAUACUCACUCUGCCCCAAUAGCAUAUGCACCAUCCACAUCCAACUCUCUCGAUCAAACUGCACCAGCACUAUCAAGCUCCUCCGUAGAUGGAUGGGGUGAGCUCGAGAAUGAUAACCAGGGAGAGAAUGGUAGCGACAACGAAGGAUGGGAUGAUGUAGAUCCAUUUGAGGAGAAGUCAGCACCAUCUCUUCUGUCCAACAUACAGGCUGCUCAGAAACGUCCGGUGGUGCAACCGAAGCAACCUGUUCCAAGUUCAUCAAGAUCAAAUCCACCAAUGGCGCCAAAAGCAGAAGAUGAUGCUCUAUGGGGUCCUAUGGCUGCUCCAGCGCCCAAAGGUGCAUCAAAGUCUGCAGACACAAAACCCUCAGUACCACACAAUGACCCCGAUGACCUCUGGGGUUCAAUAGCUGCACCUCCACCAAAAUCAUCUGGGAGACCUUCAAAGCCGGCAGCAUCGAACAGUGACGACCUAUGGGGUGCCAUCGCGGCACCCCCACCGGCGACCAAAGCUAGGCCUCUAGCAUCAUCAGGUAGGGGCCGAGGAACGAAGCCAGCACCAAAACUUGGUGCUCAAAGAAUAGGAAGGACUUCCUCAACUGGGAUGUAGAGUGCCAUGAUACAGUUGUUGUACAAGGAUGUGUUUUCUCCUCUCUUUUUUGCUGUUGCUCUGUCUAGGAGAUCCCCCUUUUGUAAAGUAGCCCAAUCAUUUAUAUGGUCAUGAUUUUGCCCACUGUAUUACUUCACAAUACGACAGGUCAGGAGAUUUAUGUGUAUGACAGGUACAGUGCCUGAACUGUUCCAUUAAUAUAUGGCUUUGCCUCAUUUUUCUGA